AUGGGAAUCUCUCCAGCCCUCUUCAACAUUGCGUUGCUCACUUCGCUGAGUUUUAUGCUCAUCGGAUGUAAGUGCCUCCCCUUCUUUGGUCUCUGAUUUGCAGCAGACUGCAACGUCCGUCAUAGUCGCGGAUCCUCGCCUGUUGGUUGGUGGCCUGCGAGGCCGGCCGGCCGUCGCUCCUGCGUUCACGUGCCCGAACUGGAUUGAUUCUACGUACGCGAGGCUGACCCACUUGCUUCUCCCGCCCAUCCUUCUCUUGACACGAUAUAGAUGACAAUGGUGUCAUUGGUGGUCUCACCGGCACAACGUCAUGGAACAAGACGUUUGACAGCCCGUCCGGGUCCACGCUCUCGACCAUUGGUGAGUAGCCGUGCAACGGUCCCCCUCGCCAGUCACGGGACGCCAGCCAGGCGUAACCGGCAUGUCUGCUGCCGGCAGCUGGCAGACCUCCGCCGACCGGCAAGGGUCCGGCCAGGUCGAGCGCAUAGGCCUCCUUUGAUCAUCACGGUCGACUGAAUUCAGCACUGUUAUCUUGUCUUUGUGAUGUGCAGUCGCUAUCUACGAAGUCGGCUGCUUCUUCGGUAAGUGCCCGAAUCUGACCGAUCUGAUCUCCCGGCACCCCCGGUGAUCGACGCGCGGUUCGCUCACCUGAUCUUAUAUUGCCUCCUGUUCCCUUCAACCGACUUCCCUCCUGUGACGCAUAUACUCCUUAUCAGGUGCUGUCAUUGCCUUGUCCAUCGGUGAACGCAUUGUAAGUAUCAUCUGUAGAGCUACCAAGGUCAAUGUUCCGCGAUCGGGGAGCUGAGCGGUGCCAACUUUUUCACUCCUAGGGCCGAAAAAAGUCGCUCUCCGUUGGUGCCGUCUUGAUGACCGCCGGCGCUCUCCUCCAAGGUCUGGCUUAUGGCAAGCCGCAACUCAUCGUAGGCCGUAUCGUAUCCGGUCUCGGCAUGGGUCUCAUUAACUCGACUGCCCCUGUCUUGCAAGCCGAGGUCUCGCCUAAGGCCUCGCGUGGUCGCUAUGUCUGCGCGCAACUCUCGACUCUCAACUUUGGUAUCUUCCUCGCUUACUGGCUCGACUACGGAACAACACGGCGCUACACUACCUCGUUCGCGUUCCGCUUCCCUCUCUUGUUCCAACUCAUCAUCAUCGUUCCCAUUUUUGUGCUCUCGUUCAUCGUCAAGGAGUCGCCUCGAUGGCUCGCCAACCACGGUCGUGAUGAGGAGGCCCUUGCCGUCGUCGCCGCGCUCAAGGGCGUCGAUAUCUCGUCUGCCGAGGCUCGCGAGUCGUACCAGGAAAUUGCCGAUGCGGUCGCGUACGAGAAGGCGGUUAUGGUCACGGGCUGGAAGCAAAUGUUCGCCAACGACGAGAUGGGCACCCGCCGCCGCUUGUUGAUCGCGUGCUCGAUCCAGUUCUUCCAGCAACUCGGCGGUAUCAAUGCCAUCAUCUACUACGCCAACUUCCUCUUCUCCAACUCUCUCGGCUUCGACAAUGACAAGGCCUCGUUGCUCUCGGGUGCUCUUUUCACCGUCUUCUUUGGCAUGAGUGUGAGUCGAAGGAAGCAAUUGCAGCUUGGGUGAUGAGAACCCUUUGACUGAUGAGUGACCAAUUAACUCUUGUGACUUAGUUCGUCCCCUGGGCACUCAUCGACAGCUUGGGCCGCAAGCCCCUGCUCCUCGGUUCCAUCACCGGCAUGGCCAUCAUCUUUGCGUGCAUGUGCGGUGCGACCCACCAGAUCCAGUACAAGGCGGCCAAUUCGCACGGUAUGGGCAUCUUUGCGGUGGUGCUUGCGUUCCUGUACCUCUCGCUCUUCACGAUCGGGUUCCAAGCCACCGUUUGGGUCUACCCUCCCGAGAUCUUGCCUCUUCGCAUCCGCGCCAAGGGUACGGCGCUCGCGACGUGCUGCAACUGGAUCAUCAACUUCACCGUCGUCGAGAUCUUCCCGAUCGCGAUCGACAAUAUAGGGUGGAAGACAUACAUCAUCUUCUGCGUCUUCAACUUUUCGUUCGUCCCUGUCAUCUACCUCUUCUACCCCGAGACCAAGGGCAAGAGUCUGGAGGAGAUCGAUCUUUUGUUCAGCAAGAGCCAUGCGACCAACAUCCACGAUGCGAAGGCCGAGAGGAUCGAACACCGCGAGGACGUCAAGACCGAGAUCUCGAGCGUAUAG